GAAGCCGCUUGCCAAACUAAUCUAUUUCCCUACAACAACCAUUGGAAAGAAGUCGGCUUCGUAAAAGACUCGAUCGGUCGCAUGUUUCCAUGUAGCCCAAGUUAAAAAGUGCGUCGCUUUUUGUUUUGUUCGUGGAUCGCAAAUUUGCUGAAGCUGCAGGUGUGGUAGUAAGGAGUAAUCGGCCGAAAGUAAAAUGGAAAAGAGGAUAGAUCUCGAGAAACGUGGAAGACCCGCAGACCAGAUCACCGAGUUGAACUUGGACAACUGCAGGAGUACCAGCAUCGAGGGGCUCACUGAUGAAUUCACGGGACUUGAAAAGCUCAGUCUCAUCAACGUUGGGCUGACCAGCCUCAAAGGCUUCCCCAAGCUUGCCAAACUGAAGAGGCUGGAGCUGAGUGACAACAGAAUAUCUGGAGGUCUAAACUACCUACAAGGGUGUCCCAGCCUCACUCAUCUCAAUCUUAGUGGGAACAAAAUCAAAGAUCUGGAAGCUCUUGAUGCACUGAAAGCAUUUUCAAACCUGAGAAGUCUGGACUUGUUUAACAAUGAGGCGACCACAAUUGAUAACUACAAAGAGAAGGUCUUCAACCUCUUGCCCAGUUUAAAGUACCUUGACGGCUUUGACAUGGAUGACCAUGAAGCAGAGGAGAGCGAAGGAGAAGAAGAUGAAGUGAACGGCAAGAAAGAGGAAUCUGAUUCCGAUGAUGGUAAAAUAAAAAUAAACUUGGAGGGAACUGAAUAUAAUAAUAUAUAUACAUUUUCAGAUUCAGAUCAAGAUGAUGAUGGAGAUGAUGGUUCCGGAGGAGAUGAUGAGGAUGAUCUCGAUGAUCUGGACGAAGAAGAUGAUCUUGUCGAGGAAGAGGAGGAGGAGGAAGAGGGAGGGAAGCUUGCCGACCUUUACAAAUCAAACUUGGAUGAGGAAGAGAGCAAUGAUGAAGAAUGGAAUGGCGACAGCAAGCUUGAUAGCAGUGCUGAAGUUGAUGAUGAUAUCGACUCAAGCGAAGAGGAGGAGGAGAAGGCUGGAAAGGGAAAAGCAGACUCCACUCAAGACCCUAGCAACGGGGCUCUUCCAGACAGUGAAGGCCGGGGAAAGAAAAGAAAGCUGGAUGAUUCUUCAUAAAUCGAAUCGUUUUGCAUCAACUUUAGAAUUAUAUUUAAGUACAACUUCAUUCCCAUGAAUAGACAUAAAGUUGGCUCUGUUGAACACAACUUGGUACAAAAGUUAAUUUGAAAUUUCACAAGCAGAUGCACACAGAUUUUGCAAGGUCCACAUUGUCAGCCAUCACCAACGCUUAUUGUAUUGCUAUCAGUCAGCCAGCAGUUUUAACGGCGCUGCUGCUGCUGCCGCACCAGUUGAGUUUCCUUUCGAUGCCGUCAGUUAGCGUGGUUGUUUGUCUGAAAUUUCUGGGGCCACGGACUGGUUGCUAAAUAUAAUAUUUUCCAAAAUUCCCACCUAUGAGCGCAAUGUGCCUUAAAUGUCUAAGAACGGCGCAUUUUCAAAUUGGUUUCGCGGAAGAGAAUUGAUCGAAGAAGACCUUUGUGAGGAAAGGCAGCAGAUUUUUGUCAGAUUUUGUAGAUUUGUCACUUACGUUGUCUUGAAACUGAAUUACUUUUUGUUGGAUAGCUCUGAAAAUGAGGUUCUCUAAUUAUAACCUUGCUGUAGCAAAACCAAGCCCACUCAAAAUCGAAACUAUCGACCGUAGAUCAAAGGGUUACUUGUAAAAUUGUGCAUCAAGUUGAAUUUUGUACAGAUAAGGUCGUACCAAUCCCCUGUUAUUAUUCGUUGUGUUUGUAAACUUUAAAGGGAAUAAUUAAAAACGAGACUCGGGCUGAUGCUAAAAUGAGAUUUUCAUGCAGGAAGGCCCUUCAUCCUUGCACCUUUUUUGGCAAACACUGUUAAAUAUUACGAAGUCAACUAACAAUCAUGAGUUUAUAAUAAAGUUCUCGCCCCGCACCCCCCUGCUUAAAGAUAUUUAAUUUCCCUUGAAUUAAAAUUCGUCAUUCGUCCCCGAAAAUGAACUAUAUUCACACAAAAAUACAAUUAGAGAAUGCAGCUCGUUAUCGUGAGCGGACAGUGAAGUGUAAGGCCUUGUGUUGUAUUUUGAAAAGUUAUUCAUCAGUUCACUCGGUUGCAAGUGCAUCUUCAUUGUACAAGGUUUUCUUUUUAAAAAAAAUAUUACACAAGAGAGUGAAGCUCCGAUGAAUAGAAUGUGGGAGCGAUAUUCAUUUCGCAUUUGUUUAUGUUAGUGGUACAAUUAAAAAGGCUUGAAUGAGCUAUUUUUAAAUACUAUUGAUGACAAGCUGAUCAUAAAAAAUUGUAACUUUUUUUAAGGUAAACUGAAUAAAAUAGCAUAACCCUCAAUUUAAAGAAAA